CACUUUGAAUGCUGGUCAUCUCGGCCUACUGCUUACUAACUCGGUCCAUCGCGUAUUCAACUCAAAGAAAGACCUGCUAGAAAUUGCAAUAUUGUAUCGCAGUUAUAGUGGACAAACUGAUCAACAUGCUGUUAAUACUGGUGUUAUACGUCCAUCCAUCUAGAUCUCUUUCCUAAUGUCUAAGAAGUUUCACCAAUAACUCCCUAGCCAAGGCAUUCCUCUCAGAAUCAUAAGUGUAAGGGACUGUGAUUAAUCUCUAUGGUGACAAGUGACAGACUGACAAGAUGGCAUUAGACAAGACUGAACAAUAGCAGCACUGUCUGUCCAUUAGAACCAUGUGGGUGUCGCAGGUCCGGCUGGCGGUGGAUGCCUACCUUGUGUGUCUCCACCACGCCCUCACCACAGAGAAGGAGGAAGUGAUGGGUCUGCUGGUUGGGGAGUUCAGUGAGGGAAAAGAAGUGGUCUGUGACAUCCACUCAGCCGUGACACUCAGGAGGUCAGACAAGAGGAAGGACCGAGUAGAGAUAUCUCCAGAGAUGUUAAUUGAGGCACAGCAGAGAGCAGAGCAGAUGUCAGCAUCAAGUGGAAAGGAACUGCACAUUGUUGGCUGGUACCACUCACACCCUCACAUCACUGUGUGGCCUUCUGAUAUCGAUCUGCAGACCCAAGCCGGCUACCAGCAGAUGGACAGUCACUUCAUAGGACUCAUCUUCUCUGUCUAUAAUGAAGACAAAAAGACCAAGAUAGGCAACCAUCAAGUGACAUGCUUCCAAGCCAGCAACCAGAGCCCCGAAGGAGAGCCGCCUCAGUAUGUGCGCCUUCCUGUGCCCAUUGAGAUCCUGUCCACCCCAAUCCUGGCCACCAACAACCAGCAAGCCUUAGAUAAUCUGUGUUCUACGCUUCAUGAGGAACAGAGUGAAUUUCUGCAACUGUCCCGUCAACAAGCAGGAGAAGACCCCUUGACUCACCUCCACAAUAUUGCAGUGAUGGUGCAGAGUGUGUGUAGGCUGAGCAGUCUGGUUCUGGGGCCGUUGGUGUCUCGUGUGGAGGAGCAACUCAGUCACGUCCUCACCACCACAAAAUACCUCAAGCAGGAGGAGGCACACAUGAAGAAAUUACCUGCUGAAAACAAUGUUGCUCUUCCUGACCCAUAGAAAGGCAACUAUUGUUUUAGAAAUACAUUCAAAUACCAAAGUGCUUCAUGCCAAGGCUUGUUAAUAUGAACAGAUUCUUCUCUUAUCUGCAUUAUAGUGCUUUUUUAAUGUGUUUUAAUGAUAUAUAAUGAUGGGGACAUUGUUUGUGUUAAGUUUGACAAAUAUAGACAUGAAUUUAGAAGUCAAAUGUUCAUCAUCCAUAGAUUAAGCUAUGUAUGUCACCCAUUUCCUAUUUAUAAUGAUUAUUUUUUAUUUAUCUUGCUUAUAUUUGUUGACAGUGGUCUUACUUUCCUAUUGAUUAAUGUCAUACAAGCCACUAAUGAGCCUUGGUAUUGAAGAGAUCAAUUUUUGCUCUAUUUUUGUAGAAUUUGGAGGCUUUGUAGGAAGAUUUUCUUUUGCUAAAUAUCAUCAAUAUUAACUGAUUUUUACUUAACCCUUCUUGUCAUGUCUUCCUGUACAGGGCAUGGAGCACACUUAGUUGUAUGAAGGGAUGGGCCAGAUUUACAGUAUGUAGGGAUAGAUCAGACUGAUAGCAUGCAGGGAGUGCCUGACCACUGACGAGCAUGAGCCAUCACUUGGGGACACUUAUACCCAAGAGCCUUAAAGCAGUUUUUAUUUUUAUUUUAAACUUUUUAGCAUUUUAUUUUAUUUUUUUUUCUUUCCCUUUCGUAAGGAGUACAUAUUUUCAAAGAUCACCAAGAUGAUUACCAGGAUCCUCAUGAGUGUUUUUCCCAUUGACAAUAUUAUGGAAACACAGUUUAAAAUCUCAACAACUUCCAGUAGAGGUUGUUAAACAUAGUCAAAUGACAGUGAUGUGUUUGAGAAUACUCCUCCAGGAUGUAUUGUUUGCAGUAUGUGUUGUAGUGUCCGUAAGCACACAGGGAUAAUAUAUGCACACAAAUAAGUAUUAAUUUUUUAAUAUAAAAUAAUAUUAUAUACAUUACAUCUAAGUAAUAUUUUGAUAUAUAGAAUAAAUAUAUGAAGUUUAUGUAAUGCCUUUUUUCUAAUGUCCAAAUUUCAGUGAAAAGGUCUAGAAAAGCGCGUGACAAUGGCCGAAAGUCAGAUUGAUAUACUCUGUGCUUGAUGCACAGAGUAACUGUUGUGGGAAUUAGCGCAGACGAGAAGAAAAGCUCGUGACAAGUAAGCAAAUACAAAAUUUAAUGAAAGAUCAAGUAAAACUAGACUUGUUUUUCUUGCAUCCACACACACACACACACACACACACACACACACACACACACACACACACACACGCACACACACACACACACACA